AUGAAUAUAAUACUGAGAGAAACAUUACUGGGUACUUUUGUCAUGUUGAUUCCUCUCAUUAAAAGAUUAAAAAUGUUGUAGGUUGGAAAUAUGGCCAGGAUAUGUGACUGCAGUCAAUUAUCAAGAAGGAGGAAUUAUGCUGUGUGCUGAUGUGUCUCAUAGAAUUCUUCGCACUGAAACCUGUUAUGAUAUACUGGCUGACUUGCACCAGAUGCACAGGUCUAACUUCAAGAAUAUGGCUGUACGGGCAUUGGUCGGCUGUAUCGUUCUCACUAGGUACAAUAAUAAAUCUUAUCGCAUAGAUGACAUUAUCUUCAAUCAAAACCCCAGAUCCACCUUUACUAACUACAAAGGAGAGGAGGAUCUGGUCACUCCAGGUGUGUGGUGUGUGUUGUAUACUACCUAUACAGAACAAUACUGUAUGUACUUUAUGUUUAUAAUCAGUAUACUCUUUAUCCAACAGGGUUCAAAGGGGUUCAUAUGCUUGAUUCCAGAAUUAAGCUACAUGACUGGUCUGACAGAUGACAUGCGCUCUGACUUUCGUGUGAUGAAAGACAUUGCACAGCACACUCGGCUCACACCAACAGUGCGGCAAGCAUCUCUACGUGCGUUUGUAAAAAAUGUCAAUAGUAAGUGGAUGUAUAUGAACAAUAGUGUGGUAGAGAGCCGACUACAAACAAGCAUGAAGCAAAGGCUGCUGGUGAACCUGACGGUCAUGAGCAUAGAAUCUGACAUCCUGCUCUCAUUGGAUUUUGAUGGAGUCAUCAGAGACUUUUCUAUCAGAAAAGCACGGAAUUUGCAGAUAGCAGUCAUUAUAUUCCCAACCCAGCGUGAUGAUCGUUACGCAGCAGUGAAGCGUCUUGCAUGUGUAGAAUUAGCCCUUCCGACCCAGUGCAUCAACUCUCGCACAAUAAGCCAAGAUAGCAAAUUACGUUCUGUCACACAGAAGAUUGCUUUGCAAAUUAACUGUAAACUCGGUGGAGAACUUUGGGCACUGAAGAUUCCCAUGACUGGACUUAUGGUAUGUGGUGUUGAUGUUUAUCAUGAUCCAACUCGCCGAGGAGAAUCAGUAGUUGGGUUUGUAGCAUCUAUCAACCAGACUCUUACUAAGUGGUACUCGCAUGUCAGCUUCCAGCAUCCUGCUGAUGAAAUAGUACAUGGUCUUAAAAUGUCCUUGCUGGAAUCCUUGAGGCACUAUCAUAAGCUGUACCAUGUCUUGCCUCGUUCAAUAAUAAUGUAUCGUGAUGGAGUAUCUGAGGGACAGCUGAAACUUGUAGAAGAUCAUGAACUUCCUCAACUGGCCACCAUCUUUCAUCACUUUGCUUCUUAUGAGCCUAAAUUAUAUUUAAUUGUUGUCCAGAAAAGGGUGAAUACUAGGAUCUUUGCAGCUAUGCGCUCUAGAGAACUGGGAAAUCCACCACCUGGUUCCAUCAUUGACCAUACAAUCACUCGCCGUUGUUGGUAUGACUUCCUUCUUGUUUCUCAACAUGUAAGACAAGGCACAGUGUCUCCCACCCAUUAUGUUGUUGUACAUGAUGGAGGUAAGUUGAAAGUUGACAACAUGCAGCGUCUGACCUAUAAGCUAACACACCUAUAUUACAACUGGCCUGGCACAAUCCGUGUCCCAGCUCCAUGUCAGUAUGCCCACAAGUUGGCUUUCUUGGUUGGCGAAAGUGUCAAGAAGCACCCUGACAAUAAGCUGUGCGACAGACUCUUCUUCUUGUAGAUUUUUAAAGGUUAUCAGCUGUAGAGGACGAAGAACUGGAAGGACUUGUAGGGGUCCAGGUUGUAUCUUCUGAGAAGAAUUCCAUUAGUGUGGUCUGCUUUGUAAUUUUCUUUUUUCUUCAUAAAUUUAAUGAUGGCAUCAUAAAUGUUCGUCCAUUUGCCAUUCCACUUUUGUGAACCAUUCAACAUUCAGGUCCAUACCCUCUAGUUCUAGUAUAGUCACAUUUACUUUCGAGAAUACACCAGCUAACCCCUUUACAGUGAACUUUUGUACUUCUUCCAUUUUUUUCUCUUCCAAGUGCUGCUGAGCUUCCAACUCGAUCUUGUACUAUGGAGUGCAUAACAAAGUACAAAUUUCAACAACCCUUUCUCAGCCCUCUGAAUAUACACAAUACACAAAUAAUCUGCACAUAGAAGAGAGGAAUAUACUUCUGAUUACCUCACACCAUACACAUACAGUAUAUAUAUUAGAGACCCAUAGCAUUAACCACACCCAUUAGGCCUUCAUGACUGACUAUCUCUUUUCCUUAAAAAUUUUCUACUUGAAAAGUGCUGUAUGGUUCAAGUGAAUAAGUUUUUCUCCUGAUUUUGUGUAAAGGCAUACAGAAGGGCUGCAUCCUUAUUCCUAAUAGCUAUAAAUGAAUCUGCCUUGGUUCUUCCCGCAAGGACAAAGGCAGUUUAGUUGUCAGUUUUAAUGACCAUUUUACAGCAUACUACAGAUCACACAACUGGGCUACUUCAUGGUUUCAGGUUUUCCAUAGCUACAACAAACUUAACUAGCCUUCACAAGGCACCCAGUCAUCCCACAUCCUACUCUGUACCUGUAUGACUUCUCAAACCCUAUUGUAUUAUGUUUAAAUUUAUAGGCAUCUUUGUUGAAUGUUAUGCCAAUCUUACAUCACAAAAAUUUAACUUAUUCCCACAGUAUGUUUACCCCUUGUGAAUACUGUAUCUGCAAAUAAUUUGUCAAAGCCAUGGAAAGCAUUAACAUAUUCAGGCCACAAUUGCUUCCAUGUAUUGGUUAUUAUAGCAGUUGUCUCUUCCUUCCGGACUUUAUUGAUGGUGGUGGCAUUCAGGGUAUUAAAUUUCUUCAAAAUUUCUCUCCAUCACUAGAAGUGCUUAAGAAUAUUUGAAAAUUAAAUUUUCUGCAUCUUACACAAAAAUUAUGGUAAAAUACCUUUUAUAUAUACAGUGGUCCCUCAAUUAUCGUCCUUAAUCCGUUCCUGGAAGUGGGACUAUUAUUGAAAUAGACGAUUUUCGAAUCAAUUUUCCCCAUAAGAAAUUAUGUAAAUCCAAUUAAUUCGUUCCAGACACCCAGAAGUAUCGACAACAAUUUUCUUUUUACCUAAAAGAUAGAUUUACAUGCACAAAAGAAUGAACAUUCAGCAUGACAGUUACCUUUGUUGAAGGCUGUUGUUGAUGAAUGGAAGACGGGGAGGAGGAGAGAGGGAAGAGAGGUUAUUGUUUGGAAGGGGAAUCCCCCUCCAUAGUGACUCUAGGUCACUUCAGGGGUCACUUCCCUAGCAUAAGUAUAGAUUUACAUGCAGAAAAAAAUGCCAAAUAAAUGUAAAGCACUAAUAAAAUGUAUAAAUGAACAUUGGUAAUAGGGGUAGUUGGUAGGUAAGACACAUAGGCAACAGUUAGGCAACUUUAUUCCGAAACG